AUGUGUUGGCUUUUCCUUCUCUUUCUCUUCCCACUUCUCUAUAUUAUCGCUAGAUACUUUUGGGAGCUACUACGAAUCGGUGACCUCUCAUCCAAAGCGGUUCUCAUCACCGGUUGUGAUUCAGGAUUCGGUAGAGAGUUGGUAUUCCGAUGUAUCGACAAAGGUUUCACUGUGUUUGCUGGCUGCCUUACUGAAAAGGGCCAAACGUCAUUAAAAGCGGAAUGUUCAUCGCCAAAACUUCAUACAGUUUCCCUUGAUGUGACAUCUGACGAUAGUGUCCUGAAGGCAAAGGAGUACGUUGAGAGCAACUUGAAGGGACUAAAGCUGUGGGGUUUGGUAAAUAAUGCCGGGGUCUUCUCGUGCUACGGGCCUGACGACUGGACCACUGUGAAAGACUACAAGAGUGCAGCUGAAGUGAACCUUUUCGGAGUGAUACGAGUUACUCAUGCCUUUAAAAAACUCGUGAAACGUGCAGAAGGUCGCCUUGUUGCUGUAACCUCAGUGAAUGGAAGAUUAUCGUCUCCGGGAGCCGGACCGUACGUGGUCAGCAAAUUUGGCGCCGAGGCUUAUAUGGACGCGAUAAGACAAGAACUGCACGAAAUGGGCGUCAAGGUUUCAAUUCUUGAACCAGGGAUCUUCAGAACGGCGCUGAUUGAUGAACAAGCAAUGUUGCAUAGGGUCGAAAGCGUGUGGUCGAAAGUGGACGAUGAAACUAAGGAGGAAUAUGGAGAGAAAUACAAGGAUUACUUUGGAAAAAUGUGGAAUAAAAUCUACGUAUCGAUGAGUUCAACAAAAACUCAUUAUGUAGUCGAUAAUUACCUCCAUGCUCUUACGGCUAAGUACCCAAGGCAUCGAUAUUACUGCGGUUGGGAUGCGAUACUGCUCUUCAUCCCACUAUCAUUGCUACCCACAUGGUGGACAGACUACAUUGUUCGGCGAGAUGAUAUCACGAGAUGUUGGUAUCCCUGUGGGCAAACAAAUCCGCCUUCGCAUCCGCCCGACAACUAUAAAGCCGGCGAAUCCGCUGGCUCGGCUCAACCUUCCUCAUUUUCAGCGUCGCAUCGUCACUGUCAACAAAUGAGCUCUAGUCAGAAUUACGGCGUUAUCUGUGAUGAAGAAAAUAAGCUCCAUUUCUACAAUUGUGCUCCUGUGAAACAGAAGCAACGGAAAUUGAAACCUAUAGAAAAUCCUGUGAAAAAACUCAUAAACAGGGAUUCUGUGGUUAUUUAUCAGAGAGGCGAUCCUUCUGUGAUUGUCAUCAUCUUAUCACGAAGAGAAAGAAGCUCUAAUGGAAGUUUUCACUAUACUACACCUAGAAUUAUUGAGCAGUCGGGAAAGGCGAAGAAUUUUUCUGUUCGGCUACAAUCCAGAGGUGAUUGGCACGAUCAGAGCAUAUUUAUUAUAAAAGAGAAGGCCCCUAGCUGGUUAUUCACUCGAAUUGGAGCCGGACGAGAUGACUAUGUUACGAAUAUGAAAUAUUCUGCUAAUCAUUUAGUUCCCAACACAUCGUUUUCAGCUCAAGAAAGUGUUAUUUUUAGUCCAUUUAAGGAAACUCAGCCAAUACGAGAAAAAGUACCACUUUGCUCGAAUGUCCUUUUCUACAGACGUUUUCUCAGCAAACAACAACCGUGCGGUAUUUGUGAGAGACCGCUAAGCGUUUUCGAUUUCAAUGCAAUUUUACCAUGUGCUCACAUAGUACAUGUCUGUUGUUACGAAGAGAAGACUAUGAAUAAUAAGCCUUGCUCGAGAUGUGUCGAAAAUGGCUCAAAAAGAGGAAAGAGGGCGCUUGAUGAGAUUAUCAAAUUUAUUUGUUGCCUUUACGUAUAUUCAUAA